AUGAAGAGUUCUAGAGGAACGAGGUGCGGAGCCAAGUUGUCCGUGACGACUGUUGGAUACUACGCGAGGGAUCGCCAUUUGUGAGUGUAGAUUGGCUAGACGCUCAUUUUCAAACCAGUCAGCAGAGUUGAGCGGAAGAACUCAACGCAAGAACACGGAAUAAUUUUUAUCUUUUUUAGAAAAUUUUUUCAUGGAAUGUGAUCAACUGACGAAAUGUAUAGCAAAGUGAACUCUGCUCAUAGAAAAAUAAUUGUAAAUUUAGCGAUUCAUACAAAAAAGUUAUUCGAGUUGUUCUUUUUUUACGCAACAACUUGAAUAACUUUUUUGUAUGAAAAGCUAAAUUUACAAUUAUUUUUCAAUGAGCAGAGUUCACUUUGUUAUACAUUUCGUCAGUUGAUCACAUUUCAUGAAAAAAUUUUCUAAAAAAGAUAAAAAUUUUUCCGUGUUCUUCCGUUGAGUUCUUCCGCUCAACUCUGCUAGUCAGGUGUUGAGUUGCAUGAGUAAGAUUCUGAAAGUGUCGGAGAGGCAUCAAAGUUCAACUACCGUUUCCUAAAUUUCUCAAAGUUACCCCCUUGACGAGCAGAUUACCUUGCCAUGUUUGGCAGUGUUCCACGAGGCUUACACGGUCUCCAGAGCUGACAAUAUGGGCGUGGCCUCGGCGGCCAAAUGGCGUUUUCAUGAAUCGAGCACGUUUUCUCUGAUUUUUGUGGUCAACGGAGAUGAAAAGUGAUUGUUCGACAUGAAAACACACUAAUGCUCAGAAUUAAUGACGUUUUGGCGCGUUUUGGCGCAUUUGUUUUGGCGCAAAACCGCACUUCUCAUUUUGCGCUUUCUUGACCGUUUUCCGACAGAAUUGGUUUUGAGAAUGAUAAAUCACGUGAAUACAAGCAUUUUGAGCGCUCGAACCGCGAAAACUACCGAAAAGCAACUGAAAUUCACGCAGUUUCAGCGAAAAACCUUCAAACGGAUAAAUGUGAUUUGCGAUUUGACCAAAUUUAACGCUCUUGCGCUUAAAAAAUUCGUAAUAGCUUAUACAGUCGGUCUAUCGAGAGACAAAUGAGAAAUUAUCGAUUUUUCGUGACUAAUCUGGCAAAAAACACAAAUUUUGCUGUUAAAAUUUGAAUUUCGCGCCAACGUAUCGCUCUAUUGGGCGGGGCGCACUUGCGCGCCCAUUGUCAGCUCUGGAGACCGCGCUUAAGUACCAUCACUUCACCGCUCCUGCUCCCUGAGAAAAGCCCGCGAAGUUCAAAUGGGGCCCCGCCCCUUCAGCGUUCAAUUCUUGCAAUUAGCGCGCACAGUUUUCGCAACACUGCCCGAAUUCUGGAAAAUUAAAGCAGAAAAUUAUUUUUUUGUUAUCAAAACGUAUUCUGUCGCCUUGUUGCAUCUUCUUUUCUGAAAAAAAGAGCACUAAAAACCGACAACGAAUGUUUUUUCACUUGUUUUUUCACUGUCGAACUGAAGAGCAAAAUGCGUGCGGCAGAGUUGCGAAAACUGCGCGCGCUACUUGCAAGAAUUGAACGCCGAAGGGGCGGGGCCCCAUUUGAACUUCGCGGGCUUUUCUCAGGGGGCAGGAGCGGUGAAGUGAUGAUAUAUCACCACUAAAUUUUGAUUUGCAGCCAAGUCACUUGUGGCCGCAAACCGACUCUGCUCAUCUCGGACCUCUCUUCGCUCCGAUUCCCGAUUCCGAUUCCAGAGGAAGAGCACGAAGACUUGGGCAGCGGGGAGGACAACAUGGAAUCCCUUCUCAACUACGUCAAGCUUCACCCCGAACUGCUCGACGACGUCGAAUUCGUGACGUUCCGGCAGGUGCCGGCGUACGUGGCCGAGUUUGAGAGUCGGUUGGAAGUGCAGGCGUUUCGGCACGCCGGACGCAUCUGGAUCCGAUGGAAUCCGUGGCCCAAAAUCAAGGAGCACGUGGCGCAGAGGAGCACGAUGCGGAUGGGCGAGGCCGGCGCCUUUUCGAGGGCGCUGGAGGCGUCAGGAGAUGAGGAGAAGAAGAAGAAGAAGGAGAGCAGCUACGUGAAGGGUGUCUUCAAAGCAUCCAUGACACUUCCCGAAGACCCGGAGCCCACGAACCUUCUUCUGUCCGGGGAGCUCGACGGUAGGAACGCAGAGGAGUGCCACGUGGAAGUCAAGGUAACACUUCUUCCCCUCGACAAAUGGUUCGCCAUUAGAAGUUGUCGGUGCUACUGGCAAUGCCGUCUUGGACAGGUCCCACAGAUCAUUCUGGGGCACAUCGACCAGAACCGUAUGGAGUUUGACGCGUAUCGAACGUGGACUUUGGAGCAAUUCGUCGAAGAAUACCGAAGACGAUGCGGAUGGAAUGUUAGGAAGCCGUGGACAGUGGAGAACGGAGAGCGGAGGAUUCAGCGAAUGUUGAAGAGCCUCAGAGAGCACCUGAACGAGGACGGAGCAUCGGUGGUUUUGUAUCGAGGCGACAAGUUCAGCCGUGUUCAGCCGUUCUUCACUGGAGCUAGACAUUCGGCCGAUGGAGAAUGGAGUGUUCUGGAAGGACAACAAGUGGCCGACGAGUUCAAACAACUCGUCAGGGGAGUGUUCACGAGUGACGAGAAGUGA